GAAGCUCAGGAUACUGCCCAGCCCCGACAGCCCUCUAACCCGCUUAGCGCUAGAGGGGAGCUGAGAAGCAAAGCUAGAGGCAUCGGUCAGCGUGGGAGAGGAUAGUGGAGCCUGGUCACUGAUCAGUGAGGGAUAGGAUCCAGGGCAGCGGUCAGUUUGGGGCAGAAUCCCAGGCAGUGGUCAGUGUGGGACAGUUACCCGGGCAGUGACCAGUUUGUGACAAGAUCCAGGGCAGUAGCUAGUGAGGGACAGGAUCCAGGGCAGUGGUCCGUGUGGAAGAAGAUCCCAGCCAGUGGCCAGUGUGAGACAGGAUCCUAGACCCUGUGGCAGAGUUAUUAAGGGGUCUGAGCAAGGUGUUUGUAAUCACAAUGAGCUCCCCACUCUCAUCUCUAGGAAAAUUACAGAAAGUAUCAGUACUCCUGCCAGAGCUGCAGGAUCGUCGCAAGCAAGCAGUAUGUUUUGAAAAGGACUGCCACACAGAGUCAACCAUCAGUGAUGCUGAGCUCAUGUCCACUAUGGUGAAACGGCUGACCGAUAUGGAGCAGCGGGUCCGAAUCCAGGCACAGGAGAUCAACAGGAAGAACCAGAAAAUUGCAGUGUUGGAAGAAAAGCUGAGUUUACUCCAGCUGUCCGAUGCUGACAAACCCAAAAGACAACUGGAGGUGGAAAAAUUGCUUCAGCUUCAGAAUCAGGUGUGGGAAAUGGAGAAAUUCCUGAGUGAUUAUGGGAUGAUUUGGAUUGGUUCAGAAAAGGAUGAGGCCAGCAAUGUGUAUUUGACGGAAGAGGAGGAGCCUCAGGAACUUCCCAAUCCCAGUGAGCUACCUUCAUACCGAGGUGGUGCAGCUUUGGAACCUUUUCGAAUGGACUUUGAUUUGGUUCUAGAAAAUAUAAAAGACUUGAAUGUUCUGGCUGGUGAAGGCGAAGCUAGGGUGGAACACAUCACAGGUGGAGCUCGGCUAAAGAGACCAGACCCUGUACCACUCACACUCUUCAAGAAUGGAAUUGUGAUGUUUAAUGGUCCAUUCAGAUCAUAUGAUGAACCUUCAACUCAGCAUUGCAUGCAGGAUAUCUUGGAUGGAUAUUUCCCUUCUGAGCUGCAGAACAGGUACCCAGAAGGAGUUCCAUUUAAGGUGACUGACAGGCGAGAUUUGAUCUUCCGGGACAGACAGUCUCGUGCAGAAUUCCCUGGCAUGGGACAAACAGUAGAAGGAUGCUAUACCCCUCGAGUCUCCAAACAGCAGGAUUGUGGGGUUGUAAAGGAGACGAGUGAAAUUCCAGGCCCAAAGUUGUCAGCAGAUCAGUUUCUGAACAAACUGCCUAAAACUAUCAUCCGGGCUGGGAAAGUGAUUGACAUCCGAGGAGACAUCAGAGACAUUCUUCAGGUCCCUCCCAAACCAGCCAAUGAAAAUACGAUUUUGGUUGAAACUCCAACUCUAGCAAAACUGAGAGAGAGGUUGGCGCUCAGUGAGGAAAAUGACCGAACAUUGAGAAAAGUCUCCACGCUCAGGAUCAAAUCAGAGAAUGGAGAGAAGGUGUACAUAGUUAAAAUGCUUUUCACCGAGACAGUUGGGGCCCUUCGCACUUACCUUGACCAGAACAGAGUUCAGCAAAGUUGAAGACAGAAGUUUUACUUCCUCCGUGGAGAUUUGUCCCAGGCCGCUAGACUGUUGAUGUGAGAGGGGCAGUCAGGAACAGAAAUGGAAAGGCAAAGUUCUGUGGUGGUCUUGGGAUCAUUUCUUGACCCAGCCACCAUGAAGACAGUCAAGGCCUGCUGCGUGAAGAGGGAUAGAGGAAUGGCAGCAGCACCACCUUUCCGGGCAGAGCCAGCACAGAGCACAUCAAGGGAGGAGAACAUCUUACCCCAGCAGAACAAUGUACAUCUCUGCAGAAGUUAUCCUGACUUGACAAUUGUCUUUGCAGAUGGAGGCUGUGGUUGGUGAAAUCUGGGGCCUGUUUGAGCAAGAUUCUCAUACCCUAAACAACUGAUCCCUAUGCCCUACCCUUCAUAGUCUCUAUCACCACUGGCACUCAGUGACAGCAUGCAAAUUUAUAACUCAAUGAGGCUCCUUAUAAAAAAACAGCCUUUACCACCUGAAAGAAUACUUGGAAGCAUAUCUAAAGACACACAACAUUCUGACAUAUGGAACAGCCUCUGUGCCUUCUUUGUGGAAAACACACUGCAUUUGACUUCCUUCCAGAGGAACUCCUCUUUUUUUCACAAACAGGUCGGUGUGUUGCUACAUGCUCAAAUGCACCAAUGAACAAAGGUUGGAAUGGCUUGCAACAUUCAUACCUCCUUGUGAACUAUCUCCCACGUUCUCUGAACACAGGAUGAAGAAUCAGAUUUCCACUGCCAGACAUUCUGAUCCCAGCUUACGUUAUUACUGGAUGAAUCAGAUCUCAAAUUGCAAACUUUCUUGAGAGAUUUUUUUUAAAUUUAACAAGGCAAUUUUCCACCGAAACAGUAGAAAGAUACCAACAAGUUAAUCAUUACACCCAUCAUACACACAGACCAAUACCCAUAAACGAUAACAAUGUUUAUAAAUCACACCCCUUACAUCACAGACAUACAUAGCUAACACUUCACCCAUGCCAUCACAGAGAUGAACUUCUGGCUUCUGUCUCCAUUGCCAUUGGUAAGAAGUUGCACUUUCUGAUUACCUGGCAAAUGAGUCUAUUGGUGUAUGAUGAUACGCCACCCCAUUUGUUGAAGAAAAUACAUUUCCAGAAUCUUGCAGAGGUAACAGAAGUCUCUUCUGUCAGUUAGAGAUCUGGUGAGAAACUCUGCAUCGUCUUCUUUCAGAAAGGCCCUCUGUAUGUGGCCCAUUCAAGCCGUUGAUAGAUCAAUUAGAGGGACCUUAGGAUCAAAAGAUCCCAAAUUGGUAUUGUCUGAGGCUGCUGACCAUUCCAUCUGGCAGCUCUGUUGAACCAAAGUGCCACAAGGCAAGCCGUGGUUAUUGCUGCUAAGACAUCGCCCUGAAGGUGUGAGAUCACUGGAUCUCAGGUACAGAUGAGUGAUGAUGGGGGUGGGGAUCUGCAGUGGGAUUUAAGGUUUGAGCAACAAGGCUAGGGGUUUGGUCUCAAUGGGUAAUCUCUGCUCUCCACCUUCCUGAUGCUGAAUCCAUUAAUUAGACAUGGUACCUUGGAUGAGGAAUAUCAUUGGGAGCCCACCAGCAAGCACAACAGGGUGUUACUGUCAUGCUCAUCACAUGGCAAUCCUCAGGCAAUUCCCCAUUUAAGGGUCUCAACUGGUAGCAGUAGGAAGAAGAUUGACAUUGGGAUGGAAGCCAGAUGGUGAUCGGGACCCUCCCUCCACUCUCACAAGUGACUGAAUGCACUCCCUACCAUACCAUCAAACUCACAGGGGAGGUACAAGGUUUUACCCAAUUCAUUUGCAAGUGCAUGAAACUUACUGAUAUACUGACACUAUAAAUUUAUCAAUGAUCAAAAUGAACUGGUGCCCUGUGCUCACAAACCCUCACAUAGUGCUCAACAUUUCACCUUGGAGAAGGUGGAGACAGCUGCUCACCUCUCCAGCUACAAUAAUGAACUCAGCUGCCAUCUUCAGUGUCCAUGGCCACCUCAUCAACUUAAUGAAUUGCCUUCGGCCUUGCUGACCCAGUCCUUCUGCCUGUACAACAUACAGAGCCCAUUCUAUAUUGCAUUCAGAGACAAACAUCAUCACUGUAGGUAUGGAUCAUUGGGGUCUAUUCUGAUGACACCUCAUUAAUGCUUAGAUCCACAUGAACACCUUGAACAUACCUCUCAUCUAUCACAAAGGAUGUCCGUGUACUUCUGUAAAUUAAUUGCCAGGAGUGCAGCAAGUCAUGGAACCGUUUGUGCAUCAG